GUGACUCAAGCUCUCUUUAAUUAAAUAAUGUUAACGUUGCGCUUCACAAUGCUUCAUUAAACAAUUAAUGUUGAAAUAGACGAUAAAGUGAAAUUAAUCGUAACCAAUCAUUUUUUUUUUUCAUUUCGAGACAAUGAUUAUUCUCUACAGUUUAGUGUGUUUGUUGUUCGACUCCGGAAGUUCUGUUAUAAUAAAGGAGGUAAAUGGCAAACUACGAGUUUCAAUUUACUAUGAGGUUCUAUGCCCUGACAGCAGUCGUUUUAUAAGGGAACAAUUUUAUCCUACUUAUAAUAAAUUAUCGCCAUUUCUAGACGUUGACUUUGUCCCCUACGGAAAAGCAAGAAGAUGGAUGACUCGCGAUGGAAAAUGGCAAUUCAAAUGUCAACAUGAUAAAGCAGAAUGCGUCGGAAAUAAAAGAGAGGGUUGUGUUUUAUAUCAAACACUUCCUGAUUUCAAAAAAUCAAAGUUUGUUUACUGUGAUUUUGGUCACUCAUCUCCAGGUUCUUCAAAGAGUGUGAAAGAGUGCACUGGUAAAGUUAACGCAUCUUGGAGUUUUGUUAAAAGCUGUAUGGACUCACCAAAAGGCGAUGAAAUUUUAGCUCAUUUUGGUGAUAUUACAGACGCCUUGAGUUCACCUCUGUCUUAUGUUCCUGCUAUAGCAAUUAAUGGGUUUUAUAGUCCUUCCAUGUCUAGAGAUUUGGAAUUUAACUUUUUCGACACCAUUUGUUCAAUGUUUGAUAAUAAACCUGACAAAUGUAUAUCGAAUGCAACCAAAUUUAAGCCGAAGAAGAAACAUGUAAUGUAAUAUUUGUGCUUCAUAUUUUUUUUUUUUACUAAAUAGGCUAGUUUGAAAUAAAUAUAAUUAUUUCAUAUUCAUA